AUGGGUGGCGGGGAAGAGAGUAACGGCGUACGGGAUGAUGGCCAGUUGGCCCACGACUCGGAUGAUGGAGGAACGAGCGAAACUUCAAAUGCGUACGAAGAUGUCGUGGAGAAUGGAGACGCUCCAAACGGAGAUGGCACGCAGGGGAGGCUGAAUAGUAGGUUGAAUGCUGACCCAUCACAGCAUUCGCUGCAGCAUGCAUCGCAGCACCCCCCUGAUGACGCGGCUCAUCGUCCGCCAACCUCCCUGCGACACCGAUUCUUCAAAAGCGCCCCCAGAGCGGACGACGCGGAAAAGUGCCACAAGGGCAAACCCGACGCCCAGACAGCGCCCCAGCGGAAAGAAGAAGACCCCCCAAAAAAAGAUGAAGCAGAAAAGGAACAAAUCCCAUCAGAGCUAGAGUGUGCCAUAUGCAUGAAGCUUCUAAUAAUACCAGUGACCAUCCCGUGUGGACACAACUUCUGUCGGGACUGCCUAGAGAAAGCCAAGGAAUACAAAAACACAUGCCCCUUGUGUAGAUCCAAUAUGGGAGACAAAAAAAAUAUUAAUAUUUUAUUGGCCGACCUGAUAAAGGAAAAGUACCCCUUGACAUAUGCCAAGAGAGUUGAAGAAAUGGAAAUGAUAAAAAGAGAAAAAGAAAAAAAAAUACUAAAGGAAAGAUUUGAUGCGAUUAAAAAUUCUUCUGUCAUUCCUCUGUUUAAAGUUCCCCUAAUCUUUGGUCCGUACUUCCCAGGAGAGGUGUUCGAUCUAAACAUAUACAAUGAAAAAUUUAUUGACCUAAUUGAACUCAUAUCAAGUGAAGAACGCACAUUUGCUAUCACAUCUAGUAAGGACAAAUCAGAUAAUGGAGAUGAAAAAAUGUAUGGAAUACAUGUUAAAAUUUUACAACAGAAUAAAACGAACCAAGUGUUCUCUAUAAAAUGUGUAGCAAACUUUCGGGUCAUUCUUUAUAACAUCAUACACUUUCACCAAUAUGAGAAUUAUAUAGCUAGCCAUUCUCCUCUCUUUGACGAAUCCAUUUCUUUGAACUUAUUUGAGUACAUUUUGUUCAGAGGACUAAAGGGAGCUGCGGGGGGUGCUACAGGUCCGGCUUGUUCUCUCGCGACUUCCCCCUCUACCGAUCCCGCUUCAUCUUCCGCUUCUUCCCCCACUUCUUCCCCCGCUUCGUCCCCCAAUGCUAGUCAGAAUUGCCACCACGGCUGCAAAGGGUUGAAGUGUAAUAAUCGAAACUGCACGAAGCAGGCUUCUUCCCCUUGCGAUAAGCAGAAGGGGGGAAAUACACCCGACGGGGACAGCUGCACGUGCGCCGCGUCGUCCGAGCGGAUGAACGGAGAAUGUACUACCCACCAAAGCACAGUCGACUUGGGAAAGAAAAAAGUGGAAGACCUUAAGAAAUUACUAAACAAAAUAGAAUUAGAAGAUGAUAUAAAUGCUAUUUCGUCCUACUAUGACCAGUGUAGAAGUAUCAUGAGCACUUCAACCGACACAAACGAUUAUAAUGUGUACAACGCGGUGAAUUAUUACUGCUGUGUAAUUUUUUCCAGAAUUUGUCUUCUGUGCAUAAGGUACCAGCUGAACCGUUUUGGCAAUGCAGGGAUACGUUUGUUUAAUACCAAGUUUCGAAACGUGAAGCUUACCUCCUCUGAACCAUCCAAUGAAGAGCUAGAAAAUUUUUCCUACUGUCUUAGUAGCGCCAUUAUCUCAAGGUCCAUUCUCAAGUGGAGGUGGUUCAAGACGACCAACACCACGGAGCGCCUUGAGAGCAUAACUCAAUAUUUUUUAAAAAAGAAAAAUAAAAGUAUUUUGGCCCUUGACAAUUCCAGGUCUCCAAUUAUUCACCGCCUCUUUAUGUUGGACUCCAUUUCAUCGUCUCUUCUCAUUUUGGUUUUCAUUUCAAUAAUCAUAUUUGUUAAGUACUUCCUCUACUGA